AUGCUAUCGCGACAAGUCCGAGCAGCACUGCUUUAUCCUCAUCUUCCUACGUUUGGCAUUUCAGGCCUGAGAUUGCCGGUUGGAAAACCCUUGUGUCGCGUCGCAAUAUCGAACUUCAGACGGUCUAUGGCCGGACAAGCCCACGUGAAAGAAAGGCUGCCUCGAAGUGAGAAAUCCCAUGAGCGAUUCAGAGAGUUCUCGCUUGCUGGGAAAGUAUUUGCAGUGACAGGUGGUGCAAGGGGGUUAGGGUUAUCAAUGGCCGAGGCAUUGGUCGAAGCUGGCGGGCGAGUAUACUGUCUUGACCGGCUUCCCCAACCAGAGGAAGAGUUCCACGCAGCAGAGGCGCGCGCAAAUCCAGAUUUUGGGGGCUCUUUGCACUAUAGGCGCAUGGACGUAACCGACGACGCAAACACGGAAGCGGUGAUGGCCGACAUCGCAGCACAAAAUAACCGCCUAGAUGGUCUCGUUGCAGCUGCGGGGAUAAACUAUGUUGCUAGUGCGAUCGAUCAUACGCCUAAGAGUGUUGACGACGUGAUCCACAUCAAUUAUACGGGCGUCUUCCGCAGCGCCGUUUCAGCCGCGAAAGCCAUGCUGAAUAUGAAGUGCCACGGCUCCAUUCUCCUUGUGGCAAGUAUGAGCGGCAUCAUUGCCAACAAGGGCAUGGAGUCUGCCGUUUAUAAUUCCUCCAAGGCGGCAGUUAUCCAGCUGACGCGGAGUCUGGCUAUGGAGUGGUCUGAGGUCAAGAAAGAUGGCACGGGCGGGAUUCGUGUGAACUGUCUCUGUCCUGGGCAUAUUGAGACGCCAAUGGCAAAGAUGGUUAUGGAGAAGGAUCCGGAUACUCGAGAUCUGUGGACGUCUGAGAAUAUGAUGAAGAGGCUAGCGAAGCCGGAGGAGUUUAGGGGAAUCACUUUGUUGCUUAUGAGCGAUGCUUCUAGCUUCAUGACUGGUAGUACUGUAGUUGUCGAUGGUGGGCAUACAGCUUGGUGA